AUGGCGGAGGCAGAAGAAGAUGGGGUCGAUAUCGCAACCCUCCAGGCCCAAGUAGACAUGUCUAUCGCCUUCACGGAAGAGCUCAUCUCGGGUUGGAUGAAGAGCUCCAAAGCGAAGUUACAGUCUUUCGCGACAGCGAAGAGCGAUGAUAAGGAGCUAGAGGAGCACAUGCGUCGCCCGCCCAGACUCGGAGUGGGUGCCGCCCUUCCCGAAUCCACGAGCAUUCUCAGCCGUGACAGCGCCAAACUUCGCAACAAACUUAUCGGCGACAACAAAAAGCGCGCCCGUGAGGAAGACCAGGGUGGCUCGCGCGGUGGCGUACCCGGAGCGGCCGCUCCUUCCGACGAUGACUACGAAGAGAGCCGUGGGCGGGUCAUCACAAAGAAGGCACGCGUAGACCCGUUCGCCGUCGGAGGUAAGAACAAGAAGAAGGGCAAGGACGGCGCGAGCGCGCCCGCAGCAUCUUCCCCCAUUCCUAUCAUGGGCGCAUGCAAGGAUGGCGCAGUCAAAACCAGUUCUGUGGAUCCUUCCACGACGAGCGCGCAAGGUCCAGACGGGAGCAGCGAGCGUAGCGGCUCGCCCGAGCGCGUCGAUGACGGCACCUCCUCGUCGAAACGCAAGAAAAAGAAACAUAGCAAGAGACUGCAGGCAUCGGGGAGAGUGUGUCAAAACCAGUCAUCUGCCCCUAAACGCACACCAAGCAUCACUGAGAUUGUGGAUUCGCCACCGCCCGGCUCCAAGUCAUCGCCCUCAAGGCCGACUACCGGAGCUGCGCCAGAUGACACUGUCCCCACUGUGCCUGAAGAAGCGGAAGAAGAAAAGAAGAAGAAAGCCAUACAGUCCGAGCCCACUGAGGUCAUUACCGUGGACACGGAUGAUGGAGAGGAUCGGUAG